AACGUUAAAACUUGUUAUUACUGAACGGCUUUAAUAAAAACCCAAAAUAUCAGUUUCCAUUGUAAUGAUUUACAUACUGUGAAGAAUAUACUUAUGUUGUACGUUUAUCGAAGAAGUUAUUUCGGAAAUAAAAUUGAACGUGCAAGGUUGUAAUAGUGUGAAGUCAAUUUAAUCUACUUUAAAUAAACCAGCAUCCUGAUUAAUAUAUAUUGCAGUAUUUAAGAAUGCAUUUAAGUGUUUACGUUUAAAUAUUCAUGAACACGUGGUGAAAAUUCGUAAUAAGCCGGGUUAUGCAGUAUUCUAAUAAAUAAUAUUUUCAUCCAGACAACAAACAGACGAAUUUAAUUUGUGUGUUAGCAUCAACACAAGUUUUAACUACGGAAUAUACUUUAUUGUUGACCGGAUUGUACCCUCACACAUUAAUCGAGUUUAAUAUUGACGUCAUAAUGGAUAGGAUAGGGACCAUCGCUUCAAACAAUAUCAGUGAUCAAAUCAGCAGUGCUGCUGACGGCUAUUUUGGACGCCAUGAAUUUAUCACGACACAGCCUGCAGUAGCAGUUCCGUGUGUAAUCAUACUUUCUGUUGCGUCAUUGCUCGGAACGUUCGGCAACGUGCUCAUCCUCUACGUCAUUGCGACGAAAUCUAGGUUACGUAACAAAAUGGAGUCAACGUUUAUCGCCAGUUUGGCCAUAUCUGACUUGUACGUCACUCUGAUUGCCGAUCCAAUGAGUCUCGUUGCAAAAGUUGAAGGAGAAGAUUUUUUCGAAAAGGUACCGGGACUAUGUGAGACCGUUGCGAGUCUUUGCACGAUAUCAUGCGUAACAUCACUAUUGACGAUUGCUAUGAUGAGUAUGAACAGGUACUUCUUCAUCUGCGCAAACGACAUAUACAGGAAAAUAUUUACUAGGAAGCGCUGUAUCGCCAUAUGCGUCUCCGUGUACUUUGUUGGUACCACUUUAGUUCUGUUAAAUACAGCAGGCGUCGGCGACCAUGGCUUCGAUACAAAAAGUCUAGAGUGCAUCUGGGACAGAAUGGCAACGUACCCAUAUACAGUCAUAUUUUCAAUCGUACUGGUCUGGAUUCCCGCAAUUAUCAUUGGCGCCUGUUACUUGAGAAUAUAUAUGUUCGUACGGACACAUAGACUAAGGCUAAAAGAGGCAAGAAAGCAUUUGGGUGGAAAUCAAACGCCUCUGAAAAGUUAUCACCUCGCGAAGACUUUGUUUGUCAUCUACAUUGUCUUCAUCACCUGUUGGGCGCCAUAUGCGCUGCUGAUGGUGGCGGACUUUAAAGACACAUUUGCACAUGAAGUGCAUGUGUAUAUCACAAUGUUUGCGCAUCUACAUCCUUCACUCAACUGGAUGAUUUACUACCUCACGAACAAACAUUUUGCGAAGGCAUACAAAGAAGUAUUUGCAAGUUGCUAUUUGAAUGUAAUUCGUGCCCUGCCAGUGAGAGUCACUUCUGACUCAAAUAAAACUGGAACAUUUUGGCCAUCAACUUUAAAAUUUACGAAGUCAAAGCUUAAACAUAGUCAGACAUACUCAAGUUCUUGUCAUCAGGUUGAGGUGACUCCUGGUUCAGAAAUAACUCAAGAAGGAUUUUAAUCUACCAAUUCAUUAAAUGCAGUAAAGAUUUUGUUUCAGAGAGAAAGUUUUGUUAUCAGCAAACGCAUAUUCAAUUAGUUGUGUACCUUUAACGCUACUUAUCUUUUAAAUUAUCAAUUACGUAGUUGUUAUUGUUCUGAAAUAAUGUAAAAUAUGUUUUAGUAACAGCACCCAUUACACGAGUAAAUUAAAUUAUAGACGAGCACGAAUCGUGCUUGUGGGUGAAGUCACUGUUUUGUACCAUGUUGUCAAUUGUUACCUCCAUAUUCGCAUGCUAUAGCUCUAUUCCGAUAGGGUAUUGAAUGUAUACAAUAAAAAAGAGAGCUCCUCCAGUCAUGGUAACUGUUUUGCACCAUUAUUUCAAUUAUACACCAAACUCUUGUGUUCUGAACAAUGAAUAGAGAUUAUUUUGAAGUGUAGUAACUGUAUAGAUUACAGUCAGGAUUUGGAUUAUUUUGAGUGACCUUUCACAUAGCUUAUUAAUUGGAAUCAAGGAGGUUUGGUCUUUAAAGCAUUUGUUUA